AUGGCUAUAAAGGGCCAGGCUACGACAGAUUUCAUUUCUGAGCACAUCCCCUCUCAUCUCCAGCCGACGGGUACAGAGGAACCACCAACCCCAUCCCCACAUCCACCAAGCGCUUGGCAAUUGUAUGUUGAUGGCGCUUCCAACAAGAAGACAAGCGAGGCUGGCAUCUUGCUAGUCUUCCCGGAAGGUCAAGUCUACGAGUACGCCCUUAAAUUUGCCUUCAAAGCAUCCAAUAACGCCGCAGAGUAUGAGGCACUCAUCGCGGGUCUACAUGUGGCCCGGGAGCUGGACAUACAGCACCUCCAGAUCUUCAUCGACUCCCUGUUGGUAGUAAACCAGGUCAACGGUGACUUCGAGGCUAAAGAACCCCAAAUGUCAUCCUACCAAGCUCUCGCUCGGGCACUGAUACAGCGAUUCACCUCCUUCAUCAUUACUCAAAUACCAAGAGCAAAGAAUGAUAAAGCAGAUACCCUCGCCAAGCUUGCAGCAGCCUUCCCAAGCUCUGCUUAUGGGGCCACAAAGGUGGAAAUAUUAGAAAAGCCAAGCACUUCUAAAAUGGUGUCCGAAAUAUUCAUGGUUGACCACACCGCUUCCUAG